AUGGAGUACCCAACACUUUCCGCGGCGGAUUUCGCUGACCUGUAUUCUGUUAUCCCUUUUAAUGUAUCAUUUUUAGAUGAUGAUUCCACCGGGCUCGUGUCAGUGUCUAAAGGCAACGGGACUGACGUUGCCACUAAAAAGGACAAAACAAGUGUUAUUAUCGCAAUCUCGAUAACAGCUCUUUAUUCUCUCAUAUGUGUCGUGGGACUUCUCGGAAACAUUCUCGUUAUGUAUGGAGUGGUAAGGUACACCAAGAUGAAAACCGCCACCAACAUCUACAUCUUCAACCUGGCCCUGGCAGACGCUCUGGCCACCAGCACGCUGCCCUUCCAGAGCGCCAAGUACCUGAUGAACACCUGGCCCUUCGGACAGCUCCUGUGCAAGGUGGUCAUCGCCAUCGACUACUACAACAUGUUCACCAGCAUCUUCACGCUGACCAUGAUGAGCGUGGACCGCUACAUCGCCGUGUGCCACCCCGUCCGGGCGCUGGACUUCCGCACGCCCGCCAAGGCUAAGCUCAUCAACGUGUGCAUCUGGAUCCUGUCCUCCGCCAUCGGAGUUCCCAUAAUGAUCAUGGCCGUUACCAAGGAGACGGAGAAAGGCAACACCGUGUGCAUGCUCGGGUUCCCCCAGCCCGACUGGUACUGGGACACGGUCACCAAGAUGUGCGUGUUCCUCUUCGCCUUUGUGGUGCCCGUCCUGGUGAUCACCAUCUGCUACGGCCUGAUGAUCCUGCGGCUGAAGAGCGUCCGCCUGCUCUCCGGCUCCAAGGAGAAGGACAGGACCAUGCGGCGCAUCACCCGCAUGGUCCUGGUGGUGGUGGCGGCCUUCAUCGUCUGCUGGACGCCCAUCCACAUCUUCAUCAUCGUCAAGACCUUUGUGGAGAUCGACGCCCGGAACCCUCUGGUGGUGGCCAGCUGGCACCUGUGCAUCGCGCUGGGCUACACCAACAGCAGCCUCAACCCCGUCCUCUACGCCUUCCUGGACGAGAACUUCAAGAGGUGCUUCAGGGACUUCUGCCUGCCGUACCGCGCCCGCAUGGAGCAGAGCAGCUUCUCCAGGGCCCGCAACGCCACCAGGGAGCCCGCGUCCGUGUGCGCCCCCUCGAACUCGGUGAAGAAGCCGGUAUGACUAGGCAUGGAGCAGGUGCCUGGCGAGGCGGCGCCGACGCCGCUCCAGGACGACCUGCAGACUGAGGUGACUCAGAUGUCCACCACGGAGUUCUGAGUGGAUUUCGAACCUUCUUGAGGAGGGGGGACAACAAACCCCUAACGCGCUGUUGUCUGUCGACCUCAUCAUUUCACAUGGCACCGAUCGCGGUGCGCGGUGUGGUGAGGAUGGUGUUUCACCGCUGGCAGGAAGUGCCUGUGGGAAACUUUGGUGAAUGUGUGGUAUGGUGUGCUUGGUACCAUGUGUGCAGGGGAGGUUCUAGACCAUUUCAACUGGGGGGGCCAAGCUGGGGACAGUUGUACUGUUGGAGGGGCCAGUUACGUUAAACAUUAUUGUUGUCAUAUAGUUUUCUUCACUUCUUCACACAAGGCAAAAUGCCAUGUUUAUAAUUAUUCAGACUCUACAUGUAGGGGGGCCACAAGACCCCCCCCCCCCCUGGUUUAUUUACCAAGCUGCAGUGAUGGUUUGUGACCAGGAGCCAUAGACACCGAAACGUCGACAUGUAGGAAGGAACAAGAUGACAAAAGACAUGGAGAUGGUUCUUCUGUCAGCUUUGCUGAGAUAGAAAAACAUUGAGGUGAAAUUGCUUUUUUAUUUCUGUUUUGUCACUCAACAGUUCAGUUACAAGACAGACCUGAAAGACAGAACUCCAGUGUGUGCGUGUGUGUGUAUGUGUGUGUGUGUGUGUGUGUGUGCGUGCACGUGUGUUUGUGUGUGUGUGUGUGAGCUGAGCGGCUCUGACAGCAUGCAUUCCCUUCUUCCAUCGCUGCACAGUUGACUCAUCCUUCCCCCCCUGGCAGUCAGGCUGCCAUAUUCUCCGCCCAACACACACUGUACACAACAAAGCCACUUCAGACAGACUAACCAAGAUGGCUCUUUCAUUUUAACAAUAUACUUUGAUUAGUUUCGAGCCUCUCGUUCAGUGAUUUCUUCUAACUUGGGGACAUGAGCCAGUGAAUGGGACUUUUGACCUGAAGCAUGGCCCCUGAUAGGGCCUCACACAGCGACUCCCUGAAGCUUAGUAAUCAAUGUCACCUCCGAUCUGGACACCAGAGAUGUUUAGUGUGGUGAACGUCUACUCCACAAUUUUGAAAAUACGACGAAACAACUCAGAAAUAGUGACAUCGUUAAAAGCAGAAGGCAUCCAGACUUUUUUCUGUUUUCCAGGCUUCUCUUACCGGAUCGUCUCUUAUCAUUUGUGUUGUUGUUCUGAAGUUAAACUUGAGUGUUUGAUACUGUGAUCAUGUGACAGAUUCUGUGUGAUGUACUGUUGAGAUAGCGAUUUGCCUAUAAAUGUUGACUAUAUUUUAAUACUGUACUGCCAGUAGUCAUACAUAUAAUCUACAAGCGCUAUGAGUCUGCAUCUUGAAAAUGACCAACAUGCUACCAGAGAGACAUUUGUGGUAGAAAAGUGUGUAGAAAAGUGUGUUGCCUAGCAAUGUCAGGUGUACACAGUGUCGAGCAAUUGAGAAAUGGAGUACCGUACUGCCUUACUAACAAUGUUUUCUGUAGCUUUCAGCAAGUGAAAAGUUUUGUUGUGUUGGCUUCUUAUUGGGUUUGAUUUUGAACAUUAACUUUUGAUGCGUUGGUUAAAAUCUUUUCAUGAUUUUACUGUUGUGGGUUCAGGCAGAGGGUCAGUGUAUUGUUACAAUGCAAACAGUAUAUGAAUAUUGUAUUUAGCUGUUAAAAGUUUUGUGAACUAUAUCUUUAAAUUAUUAAUGUGUACACGUCUGACUUAAUAUGUAUUAAUGUCUCAAUUUAGAUAACAAUUUUAUCCAGUGACAUACAAGGGGAUUUGUACCUGCAACAUUUUGA